UGCAGAUGUGACAGUGUGGAGGCAGACAGCAGACCGCCUCCUCCAGCAGCACACAAUGAUCCAACUCUUCAUCAACUUUAGGACUCCUAACUGUCUCGGAUUAAAUCAAGUCGUCAGUUCCUGAGAGGAGCGCCGAGAAGCCUCUGUCCUUUGUAGCAGGAGUGUUCACCAGAUAAACCCCCAUCGCGGGAUCUGCCUGUUUUGGUUUGAGGCGGGUUUUCCCCUCCGUGUUCAUACACCGGCUCACCUGCAGAAGCUAAAAACCAUGCGCCCCCGGGCUGCGCUACCCCGGUUUUCCUCCAUUAUAUUUCUCCUCUUCCUUCCCCCUGUUUUUUCCUCUUCCUCCCGCCCCCAGUGGGUUCCUCAGCGUGUCCCUGUGGUCCUCGCACAGCAGACGGAGGCUCGAUCAGCCCCUCACUUCCUGUCUCCGGCCCGCUUGGACGUCAGCUCCCCCUGUGACCCAGAAUGCCACAAGAAGGCUCCUCGUCCAAGCUACUGGGACCUGCGACGUCUUCUGGCCUAUGAGACACUCAACUCGGAUGGGCAGCUUACUGAGACAGCUGUUGCGAUCUAUGGCUACGACCCCAACACGAGUCCGGCCUAUUCCUCUGGGUCUUCUGGGAAGGCCCAGCGGUCACAUGUCAGGAGGAAGCGACAGAUCUUUGGCCAUGAUGGGCGUUUUAGCAUUUCUGGGCAGAACCACUUGCUGAAAUAUCCAUUCUCAGUGGCCGUCAAGCUGUCCACUGGGUGUUCUGGUACAUUGGUUGGCGACCGUCACGUUCUCACAGCUGCUCAUUGUGUUCAUGAUGGUAAAAACUACGUGAAAGGAGCCCAGAAGCUCCGGGUUGGGUUUCUAAAAACGAAGCAUCGAGACACACAGGCUUCGUCCUUUGACCUUUCCUCCAACUUCACCAACCAUGUUGAAGGUGGCCACGUUCCUUACGCCCCACCAACAAACGACAAAAUGAAGUUCCAGUGGAUCAGAGCGAAGCGCACACAUGUGCCUAAAGGAUGGAUUAAAGGGAAUGCCAAUGAUAUAGGAAUGGACUAUGACUACGCUUUGCUUGAGCUCAAGAAACCCCACAAACGCCGCCACAUGAAGUUAGGAGUCAGCCCCCCCGCUCUGAGGCUGCCCGGUCGACGAGUCCACUUCUCAGGAUUUGACAAUGACCGUUCAGGCAAGCUUGUGUAUCGGUUCUGCCGGGCCGGCGAGGAGACGUCCGACUUGCUGUACCAGCACUGUGAUGCUCAGCCCGGGGCCAGCGGGUCAGGGGUCUACGCCCGGAUGUGGGAUGGGCGGCGCCGGCGCUGGGAGAGGAAGGUGAUAGGUGUGUUUUCUGGGCAUCAGUGGGUCGAGCGACAAGGGGCGUCUCAGGAAUUUAAUGUUGCAGUGAGAAUCACACCUCUCAAAUACGCUCAGAUCUGCUACUGGAUAAAGGGAAACUUUGUGGACUGCCGAGAAGGGUAAGGGGUGUAGCAACAAAACCGUAGGCCACUAUAUCCUCAUACAUCCUACUGGAUCAUUGGGGGCUGAAACAACUACAGUGUUCAACCCACCACUAGUAACACUGACAUAAAAUCAAAAUAAACAUCAACAUUUAGUUUCCCCUGAUCACAUAUGGCAAUAUCAGUAAUGUAAAUACAGACCCAAAGUAGUGACACUAAACAUAGUAAACGGGACAGAUUCAUUUCCAAAACACUUAGUUUUGUAUCUUCUCUCCCAUUUCUCAAAUAUGAAAGUUUUACAUGUGUAUUAACUUGAAAAAGUGUAAGUCAUGUGGUUUUGCAGAACAGAGGCACACUUAUCCGUUUCCUGGAACAAUUUUCUUGUUGAUAAUUUCAUCUGGAAGACACUCAUAUCUGGAACAUGCAUGGACUGAUAUAAAACAACAGGUCAUCAGAUCACAAGGAGCAGGACUGGGAAAACUAUUUCACUAUGUAUUCUAGCCUUUUAGUGUGCUUAUACUAAAGAUUGCACUGUUUAAACUCUUGAAGUUUCUCUACUGAAAAGUAUGAUUUUUGUGGAUGAAUGUACACAUCAGCAACCAAAGGUGCCUGCAGUUUCUCUUUUAAAGAUGAUGCGUCUUCUCUCAGUGGACAAACUAGUUAUCUACAUAGAGUGCUCUGUCAGCUACACACUGUGUUUUGGAGGUAUAUUUAACUUGUUACACAGAAGUAUUUUAGAUGACUGCAGAUUACUUGUUUUUAUGAAGCCCAUUUUGUUGAGCUUUAUACAUUAAUUCUUAGCUCCCUCUGGUGGCAAACAUAAAACAUUGUAGACGUCCAUCAUGCAGACUUAGCCAAGGCCUACAUAAGCACUUUUUGCUUCCUACUUUAAAAUGUGUGAAACUGCAAAUGUUAUGUCUCAGAAACUGAGACAUAACUGAAUGAAAUAUAUGCUCUGAAAUAAGCAACUGUGUCAAAUUUGUUUCUUUUCCAGCAGGCAACAUGUCCCUCAUACAACACGAUUAUUUUAAACAUGUUUUAUUUUGGAUGUCAAAAGGCAUUUUCAGAAAUCAUGUGGGGAAACUAGACAGUGUAAAAAGCCGAAAUAUGAGGACCAGCUCCAAUGACUUCUCCAGCAGCAACACAUUCAACAGGUUCAACCAGGAGAUUGAAACUGAAUCCGGGGAUAUGGCACAAGGAAAACUAACUCUGCAAAUUUUACAACUUGCAUAGCCGUAGCCGAAAAACAGAUCAGCUUCAGUUUUAAUAAAAACCUGUUUUCAAGUUUCCUAUAAGAUGAAGAAACGCCAAAUACACUUUGGGGCAAUGUGGUCAAGCUCUUAUAGGACCUAAAAUCUUUCCAAAUCGUAUUCCUCUUCUUCAGUUGUGGUGUUACGGGUUUCUUAAAAAACAAAGAAUGUCUCAAACUUGAGCAAAGACUUAACAUUCAAGAAAGUAUCGGUGUGGAAACACGAUUUCAAUCAAACUUAAACAUGUCUUCCCUCUGUGUUACUGAGAUAAGGGUGAUAUAAGUACACCCAUUAAAAAAAACUCAAAUUGAUGUGAUGGUGCUCAAUCGGAGGCUGGUGAUACUACCCUUAAAUACCUGCCAAUUCAAGAAACAUUUGCUACAUUCAAGUGGAAAAUGACUGCAAAAAUAAAGCAGAAACACAGAGGAGAGGAUUUAAGGGCUGGAUGUGCAGAAUAAGCAUAGUAAUGGGCACAUGUAUGGCAUUUGUGUAUAAGAAAAACAAAUCUUCAAACUCAUGACACAGAGCAGCACUGGUGAUCCAGACAAGUACUCACUGGUUCAUCUCAAAAGUAGUUUCCUCCAUCUCAUUUACACUCAACAUGAAACUUGACUUGAGUCAAUGUGAGAUUCACGACCGCACAGGAAACAUUGAUCUUUUGAUUUUCUACCUAGAUUUGAACCUCAGGAUAGGAAAAAACAUUUUUUCUGUUGAUUUCUAUCUGAAUACUGAACAGCCUAUACUUAAUACUGCUUUUAGUUUUUGACUGAGUUAGAGACGGGGAAUGAGAGGAGUUUCAUAAAGAGAAACAUACUUUGGAGUAAAAGGAUGUUCGCCAAAUGUGACUUAACAGAAAAGGCAACAGCAUGCAAGGCAACCUGUUUCAAACACCAUACCGGUAACUGAGAAUACAUAAACUGGUAAUGAUGUGAUGCAUUCAGUCUCUCUUCAUCACCCAUGGAAAGGUCACUAUAAGAACACCCUCUGCUGUCAAAUCCAUGAGAGAUAUAUUUGCAGAGUGAGAAGUGUUAGGUCCUAGGACGUACCAACAGAAAUCUUUAUUAUUAGCCACAUUUGUUCCUUUAUCUACAGCCAAUCCACAAAGACCCUAUUACGAUAUGGUCCUAAUACCAUUAAGGUUUAAGCAUUGAGGCACCAAAUCGAAAACAUUGACUGGAUCACCUUUAACACAAAUGAGUAAUUGAGAACUUUUCAGCAUGUCAAAAGGUUAGUCAGGCAUCAGCAAGUUGACUUUAAUCCUCAUCUGGUACAGCAGCAGCCCUGCAAAGUUAACACUUCUUAAGGAACAACCAGAGCAGGCAGGGCUAUAGGACAAGAAAAGUCAGUCAGGGUUAAGCUGUUUUCUGAAAUUAUUUGUGAGUGUGCUUUUAAUUUACAGAUGCCAAUAGUAUUUCCACACCCACACACAGGUUGACACUCGGGUGUACGUUUGUAAAGACUGGUGCUGUAACUGCCCUCCAGAUAGCCAAUGAAAUGAAAGAAGCAGAUACUGAGAGUGAAAAACAAAGUACCUACAGUAAUGUGAUUGAGGAAGAAUACCGCCAUCUCUGCAGAGGAAGAGGAUCAGAGUACCUAAGGUGUUUUCCCUAUAGACUCAUCUGAAGACUGUAAACGGUGGGAAACAGCAAGACUGGCUCCGUCUAAAGGUUACAAACUAUAAACACAUUAAAUCUCCUUUGUUUAAUUGAUUCAAAUGUGUGAAAAUGACAAGACAAAUAUCUGUGGUUGCCUGGCAACUGCUCAAAGCCAAUAAAUAGUCUGGCGCUGUUGUUUUUACGCUUAAAUAUUUGUUCUUAUUAAACAAAGGAGACAUACGUGCUGAUGAGUGAGUUUUAGAGGUGCUGGAAGGCAGAUUCUGUUACUAUCGGUUUAACCAGGCUAGACAUUUAAUACAUUUCUGCCUUUUUGCCAUCUUUGCGCUAACUGUGCUGUUGCCUCACACUUGAUGGACAGAUAUGAGUCAGGAUCUGAGGCACAACUCCUUCCACUGCUCUGAGUGGCUCGUCUGUUCGACUGACUGUCAGAGGCCAGGCUUUGCUCUGUGAUUGGCCACCUGCACUUAAAAUAUCUUUGGUGAAAGUCACCUCCUGGCAUUCCCUGACUUCCCUGUCGCCUAGCAACAACAUAACACAACAUGCUAAUGUCAUCAGCGUGGUAAUGCCCGGCGUAACUCGAAAUAGUAUACAAAAUAAAAAUAUUCUUUUAAAUAGGUAUAUAAACAUUGCAUUACAAAUAGAACCGUAUCAAAACACGGUUACGAGUUCACAGUCUGUCCCUCAUCCUCCAAGCGUGAGUGCGAAUCAACCCUCCGGUCCUUUUCCAGACCCCCACCCGUCUCGCCUCCACAACAAGAAUACGUGGGUGAGGUCUCGCUGUGCGGAGGAUCACUGCACCUUGAGCCCCAAACUGUUGGAGGACACAGGGUAGGAGUAGGCUUUGCCCAGCACGAUGCGAUCUCGCAGCAGUUUAAAAAGGACAUAGUAGUUGCAGAAGAGAAUAAGGCCCAGAGACAAAGUGUGGUUCCAGCGCUCGGAGCGCAGCAGAGAGUAUAACUGGUACAAAACCACACUGGACUCGAUCCAGAUCAGCAGGUUCAGGAUCCGCAAGGGCUUGUGGAACAGGAA